CCUUGGCCCCUCCACUGGAAGCAGGAUGUUUUUCAGAGCACUGGCGGAUGGUUCCUAUGGCUUAAAACCCAAUGUGGCUGCCUUUGGGGAGUCUCAGCACCGCACGUGAAGAAGACAGUGGAGACUCCAUCACCCUGACAUUUUCUUGAGCCUUGGGGACUAACUCUGUCAUCCCUUUCUGCCCACAGGGAAGUAACAAGCCCGCUCUGGGAGCAUGCUCUUUCUCAGUGGACUCACACUGGUACCAUUGCAGCUGCACGAGAAAAUGCCAGGUUACUGUUCCAGGUAGCUGGCUGAUGCAACGAGAGGUACUUUCCACACUGGGAGACCCUGCCUCGCAGGGCCCAUCUCCAGGAAGUAUCCCCCUCACGCCUGUCCUCCCCAGGAUAUCCAAGUUUCCUCUCCCCGCAAAUCUUCCUGGCCUAAUGGAUUCCAGCGCUUAGCGGAAGCCCAGGCCCCGCAGCUGCCUCCCCGCCGCCCGGAGGACUGAGGGACCCAGGGCACCAGCCAGGCGAGUGGGCUGGCCCGAGGCUCCCAAACUGCUGACCUGGGCGCUCGCGAACAAAGACAGCUUCUCCAGCCGCCCGUGCGCCGCCAUGCAGGCGGGAGCACCAGGCUGCAUGUCCCCGAGUCCCUCACCGUCGCUUGUUUUGUUUUGUUUGAGGCAGUGUCCCUGCUGCCCUGGUGCUUGAUAGGAGCCUAGCACACACCUCACACGCCUUACACACCUCCUGCCUUGGCCUCCCAAGUGCUCAGAUUACAGGCGUGAGCGACCAUACUAGAAUAACGCGUUUGGGUUCAGGGAGGAAGCGGGGGAAAACUCACUUCAGAGACGCUUAAAAAUGAAAGCUUUAACUUCUGCGCGGGGAGGGAGGCGGCCAGUUCCGGAUCUGACCCGGUCGCACUGGGAGGUCGCACAGCGUUUUUAAGGGAGUCAGAGUCAAAUACUGCGUGAGAUGAGUGGGAAGACGUCAAUAAACCAUACCCGGGAUCCCAAACCCAGGUUGCUCCACCCUGAAUGCUCCAUCUCUACUGACUCCGCCCCCUUCGAGGGUAACGGACCCGCCCCUCACGCCGAUUGAUCCAGCGUUCAACAAGCCGCUGCAAAGGACAGAGCCCCUGGACUCCCAGGUUCCUGGCCAGGGAGGAGGAGGAAAAGGAGAAGCCUAUCUACCGGGGCUGAGCAGGCCUGAGGGCCAGGCUGUUGGUCCUGGAAUGCCCCAGCCCAAGCCCAGUGAGCAGGAGGGUGAGAACACGAAGGCCGGCCAGGAGCCAACUCCCCAGCCUGGCACAGAUGUGGUCCCAGCAGCCCCCAGGAAGCCCAGAAAAUUCUCCAAGCUAGUCCUGCUGACAGCCUCCAAAGACAGCCCCAAAGUGGCUGGGGCCAAGCGCAAAGGAGUCCAUUGCAUCAUGUCCCUGGGCGUGCCGGGCCCUGCCACCUUGGCCAAGGCCCUCCUCAAGACUCACCCUGAGGCCCAGCGGGCCAUUGAAGCAGCCCUCCAGGAGCCUGAGCAGAAGCGCAGCAAGCUGGACCUGGAUACAGACGGCCCAGAAGACAAUGGAUCAUCAGGGGUGUCUUCAAGUUCCGAGGAGGAGACCACUGUGGUCCCCAAGGAGCCCAGUGUUUCCCCAUAAUUUUGGCAACUGCUGCAGUGUGCUCUGCUCACUGCAUAGGUUACUUUUAUAAGCAAGAAGGAAAGGAGAGAGAAAAUAAAAGCAGCUGUAUGCUGUUUUCCACCUUC